AUGUCGUUCUUCUGGAGGGAAGCUGGUAUGACAUACCUGCAAUACGCCAACGUCUCGGCCAAGGCGCUUCGCAACGUUUUGAAGGAAAACGCUAAGGUUCUUGCCCUCCGUCGUGAGGAGCAGUACGCAAAGGUGCAGGUCUGGAAGGAUGGAAAGCAGGGUGACUCGAAAGUCAUUGACGCCUCGGGCAACAAGACUGGACACUAG